UUUUAGGUGAUACCAGCUCACAUCUUUCACUUAUUGCAACAAACGAAAGAGGUGAACUGCUCCUCUGACAGGGAUUCCGAGCUGAAUUCGCUGCAAAUUGACAGCACCAGGCCGGCGAGAUGCCCCUUCCGGAGUUCAGCGGUAACAUCAGUGACUUGGGGUAUGAAGAUCGCGCAUUUUCCGUCAACGAUUUGACGCCUCCGCCAUCAGAAGCAGAUUUAGUACGCGAGAGAAAUGCUGAAAUGAGUGGCCCCCCGAUAACAUUGCAGCCAAGGAGGAAUUCGAGCGUCUCUGGCGACGACACAAGCGAGGGACACUCGAGAUCGACUGGAGUAGCGACCAUUGAGGGCAAUGCCUGGUCCAUGUCCAACAUUAGCAGAUACGUCCCAUUGCAGGGUUUGGACUUUCUGCUGCCUGUUGACUACGUCUUCAUCCAGCAAACUAUCGAAUUACUCGACCUGCUAUCAUCAGUAGAGACUGAAAACAGAUAUUUAGUGAAAACUCGAUCCGGCGAGACGAUUUUCGUGGCGGCCGAGCAGUCGUCGCAGUCGCAGCGCCAAUGUUGCGGCGCCUCCAGAGCGUUCAACAUGCGCCUCUUCGACCUGAACAGACGGGAGGCUCUGUCCUUCCAAAGGUUCCUUGGCACUUCCUUGUGCUGCUUUCCCUGUUGCCUUCAGCGUCUAGAUAUUUUCGUGCCAGGCGGCAGGAUUGUCGGCCGCGUCCAGCAGGAGUGGACAAUGAUGAUUCCCGAGUUCUUCAUCCAGGAUUUGAACGGACAGGUCGUGUACAGGCUUCAGGGUCCGAACGUCUGCGGCUGCUUUAUGUUCAGAGACAGCGAUUUCAAGAUAAUGACUAAAGACGGUUACACGCAAAUUGGCACCAUCUCGCACGGUUGGGAUGACUUCUUGCACGCGUAUACCCUGAGCAUCACCUUUCCGCCAAACGCCACUGUCGAGCUGAAGGCGGUUUUAAUCGGAGCUGCUUUUUUGCUUCAAUAUCUCUACUUUUUGAGAUCGAAAACGAAGAGCUGGAUGAGAUUCUGCCGUGUGAGAUGCUGAUAGAUCAGUAAAUUCAACAUAGAUUAAUUUGAUUGUUGUUUUGUUGUUAAAUUAGAACUUAUAAAUCGAUUCAUCCCAUACUUCUAACAAAAAUUAGGAUAUACAAAAAACAAUUUUUUGCAAUAAAUUUAGAAUUUCAGGUUGUUAAGGAUAAAUUUAAUUAUUAAAUUUGAGAUGAUAUUUCGCAACUGGUGAAUAAAAGAACUUUUCUCUAAUUUAU